CGAACCAUAACCGGAACUAAACCGGUUUUCAUUCCCAUCUCUUUCAAUAAACACUUGGUUUUAGGAUUUCUCAAUCAGACAGAAGAAAUCGAAAUGCAGAGAUCGAUUGCGAUGACGGCGAAGAGAUUUCUUCAUCGCAAUCUUCUUGAGAAUGGUAAACCUAGAACUGCUUCUUCUCCUUCGUUUAGCCAUUGCAGUUCCUGUCGUUGCUCGGCACGAGCUUCUUCUAGCGUCAGUGGUGGUGAUCUGCGAGAGAGAUUAAGCAAAACUCGGCUUCGUGAUAUAAAGCUACAUGAUGCGAUUAAUCUGUUCAGAGAAAUGGUCAAGACUCGUCCCUUCCCUUCCAUUGUCGAUUUCAAUAGAUUGUUGAGUGCCAUUGUUAAGAUGAAGAAGUAUGAUGUUGUGAUAUCUCUGGGGAAGAAGAUGGAAGUUUUGGGGAUUCGAAAUGAUCUUUAUACAUUCAAUAUUGUGAUAAAUUGUUUCUGUUGCUGUUUUCAAGUCUCUCUUGCUUUAUCUGUUCUUGGCAAGAUGUUGAAACUUGGUUAUGAGCCAGAUAGAGUCACGAUUGGAUCUCUUGUUAAUGGAUUUUGUCGUAGGAAUAGAGUUUCUGAUGCUGUAUCUUUGGUUGAUAAGAUGGUGGAGAUUGGAUAUAGACCGGAUAUUGUUGCGUACAACGCGAUCAUUGAUAGUCUUUGCAAAACCAGACGUGUGAAUGAUGCUCUUGAUUUUUUCAAGGAAAUUGGAAGGAAAGGGAUUAGACCGAAUGUUGUUACCUACACUGCGCUUGUAAAUGGUCUUUGUAAUUCGGGUAGAUGGAAUGAUGCUGCUCGGCUUUUGAGAGAUAUGAUCAAGAGGAAAAUCACCCCUAAUGUGAUUACUUAUAGUGCGUUGCUCGAUGCGUUUGUGAAAAACGGAAAGGUUUUGGAGGCUAAAGAGAUUUUCGAGGAGAUGGUACGUAUGUCUAUCGAUCCUGAUAUCGUGACUUACAGUUCGUUGAUCAAUGGGCUUUGUUUACACGAUCGCAUAGAUGAGGCCAACCAAAUGUUUGAUUUGAUGGUAAGCAAGGGUUGUUUCCCAGAUGUAGUGAGUUACAACACUCUUAUAAAUGGAUUUUGUAAGGCGAAGAGAGUAGAGGAUGGGAUGAAACUGUUUCGUAAGAUGUCUCAGAGAGGAUUAGUUAACAAUACAGUCACUUACAACACUCUUAUCCAAGGGUUUUUUCAAGUAGGCGAUGUUGAUAAAGCUCAAGAAUUUUUUAGUCAGAUGGAUUCUUUUGGUGUCUCUCCUGACAUUUGGACCUAUAACAUUUUGCUAGGUGGUCUUUGUGACAACGGGUUGCUAGAGAAAGCGUUGGUGAUAUUUGAAGAUAUGCAAAAGAGUGAAAUGGAUCUUGAUAUUGUCACAUAUACUACUGUUAUCCAAGGAAUGUGCAAGACUGGUAAGGUUGAAGACGCUUGGGGUUUAUUUUGUAGCCUCAGCCUUAAAGGAUUGAAGCCUGAUAUUGUAACAUACACUACAAUGAUGUCAGGGUUGUGUACAAAAGGCCUACAACAUGAAGUUGAAGCACUGUAUACAAAAAUGAAACAAGAGGGGCUUAUGAAAAAUGACAGCAUGCUAUGCCUUGGAGAUGGUGACAUAACCAUAUCAGCUGAACUCAUCAAGAAAAUGUUGAGCUGUGGCUAUGCACCGUCCUUGCUUGGAGACAUCAAACCUGUGGGAUGCAAAAAAGCUCUGUCUCUCUUGUAAUUGUUACUGCGGUUUCAGCGGUGAUUGAACCACUGGCAAUCGGUGUUUCUCUAAUAUAAGUAGAGAAAUCCUCAAUUGCUUCAUCCAAGCAUUGAGUAAUGGUGGUCAGUCAAGUGUUAUCGAAAAGUGAAUGCAUCUGGGUUCUUCACUAACCUCGUCAUUCCUGGUUGGAGAUUCUGGAUUUGGGUUGUACAUUUCGAAGGGAUUCUCUGGGAGGGUUUUGGCUGUCAUCACCAGCAGCAGCAGCUCUAUCCAUGGUGCCGAUUAGCAUUGCUUCAUCUUCUCCUUUUCAUCUCAACGCUUAAGGAAAAGGAGAUGAAUCUAGUAAAAAGAUGUAUUUGGCUCGGCUUGAGGAAGAAUGAGCAUCACUUGGUUUCUCUCAAUCUUAUCACGAUUUCUGUCUUUGUGCAUAAACAUAUAUAGGAAAAAUGCUCUGCCAGAGGUUAGAAAAAGCCAAGAUGUUGUAAAUAAAGGCAAAGCUUUCUCACUUGUAGUAUCAAAGGCAAGGCGAAAUGAUUUAUUAAGAAGGGUGGAGAGAGAGAGAGAUUAAAGGUCUACGAAGGCUUGACCAAAUUCAGGUAUGGGUUACUAGAAAGGCCUAUUCAACUGAGAAUCGUCGGUCAGGACUCAGGAAAGAGUGCUUAAAACAGCAUGGAACCGAUUUUGUUGGAAAAUGGAUGUCUUAGCAUCUCUGUCUCUGAUUUUGUUGUUAAUAGCCCAGAAAUGUUGUUGUGUCUUCCCCAACAAAAUCAUAAAAUGUACUACUACCAUCUUUUUUGUUCUGAUUCUUGAUUCGGUUUAAAAACGCAAACCGAUAAUCCCCAAAUAACAUAAUUACUAAA